AUGCGCCGCGUGCCCAUUGCCGCUUUACUGCGGCUGUUCAUCAUCGCAGGCGGCGCUUGUUUCGUCAAUCCGUACGCGAGCGAUGAUCGCGCGGACCUUAGCCAAGUAUGGGUGGACAUACCGCCCACGUUGGUCGCUCUGGGAGGAGACGUGCGGGUGCACGUGAGAGGCGCUAUCGCCACCAGCGGCCUAAAGGUCCGGCUCGCCAGAGAGGACGACGAUGGCAGAGCCCUACUAGCCACGAUGCCUCUCGCUCUAGACGCGGAGAGUCGCAUGACCCUCCCGUGCGGCUACUUCUCUAGAGGCGGCAUCUACUAUCUAGAAAUCAUCGCCGACAAAGAGCACUUCCUCUCCGAGGACUACGACGCGAACUACACCGAUAGGAGCGAGGCGCACAGCAAUAAAGCGAAGAGAGACGUAGACAGUAGCAUGAUGGAAACUGGCGAUAGCCUUAUCAAAUCUUGGAAGUUCGAUGUGCUGUGGCCCACUGCCAAUUUGGACGUGACCCCUGAACAGAUACAAACGUAUCCGGAGAGGCAGGUGACGGCGAUAUUGGAGUUCCCCAAAGUGGUGUGCACUCCGUUGGAGUCGAGCGCGGACUUCUGGCUGGAAUUGCUGUACUGCGGCCAUUCGAGCGGUGGAGCCGUGCUAUGCGAUGGAAAAAACACUAGUUCCCAUGCACACGUGCUGUAUUCUGAACAGAUGCACGGAUUUCCUGGUCGGCGUACCAUGACGCUCCGUUGCGAACUCUUCGGCCAAGCCGGCGAUUACGCUCUGACCCUGAGGCCGGCAGCGGCAGCCGGCCCGCAAGACCUCGCAGCCGCCUUCAUCAAGGCUGACUGGUCGGAGCAGUUCGUGCUGAAUGUGCACGGUGGCUCGGUAUUUCCCUGCGGCGAGGGGGUGCGGGUGCUGUUCCAGUAUCCGGAGUGCGUGCUGGAGAGGGCUGACAGGGUGCGGGUGUUCGGGAGGGACUCCGAGAGGCUGCGGUACGUGGCCGAGCGCAGGGUCACAAGGGGUCAGCAUACAGCCUCGUUCGACUGCCGGCUCUUCAGCGAGAGAUACCCGGAGUACUGCUUCGUUUACGUGUCUCAAGCUGUCACCGGUGCGGUAGCAGACGUGAGGAUGGACUGCCUACCCACUCUACCACUAACAGACGGAGGCGCCGGCGGUUGGGGAGAGUGGUCCGCGUGGUCGGCCUGCCCCGCCCCGGCCCACUGCUCGACGCUCACGCGCAGCCGCCACCGCUUCUGCGACUCGCCGCCGCCCGCCUACGGCGCCAAGUACUGCGAGAAAAAGAUUAUAAUGCCACCUAAGAAAGAAAAAGGGAAUAAAACGGAAGAACCUAGCAAAGGCGGGACGUUCACGGAGGUGGAAAGAACGUUUUUAGAAUUGGAAUUAGCUGAUUGCAACAGGAAGCUAGCAAGACUUCGAACAGCCGUCGGUGAAUAUGAGCAACGAAAUGAAGAACUACAAAAAUCAUACGAUAAAUUGGACGAAGAUCGUGCUGAUAUUAUCGCUUACUUGAAGAAGGUCCUUAAUGUUAAAAAUGAAGAAAACUCGGAGUUAAAGGAAAAAGUUAAAGGGCUUGAAGAAACAAGAGAAAUUGAAACCGCUCAGUUUAAGGAAACCGUGGCGGAGUUAGAGAAAAACUUUGUAACUAUGAAAGAUCAAUUGACAUCUGAGAAUAAGUUGUUGGCAGGAAAAUUAAAUACACUUGAAGAAUUUAGAGCGAUAAGAGAUGACCUUAUGAGAAAGUAUGAGAAACAAGAACAAGAUUUUAAAGACCAGGAAAUGAAGUAUAAAAGAGUUAUUUAUGAUGCAGAAAAGAAAUUCGUUAUUGGCAAAGACAAAUUAAAAAAAGAAAUGGAAGCUAGACUUUUACAACUAGCCCAAGAUUUUCAAGAUGCAACUGAGUUAAGAAUAGCUGCAUCUACUCAUCGGGUCAUCAGAGAAAAUAUAGCAAUUAACAAUGAACUGGAUAACAUACUAUCUACACAAAGCAAAUUAGCAGAGCAGAAUGAAAAAUAUAAGGAAAGUGAAAGAUCUGCUCGUAUAGCAAUGGAACUGGCAGAAGAAGAAAGAGAUAAAGCAAUUAAUAAAAGCAUUGUGCAACGAAAAGUAAUUGAUCAGCUAACCACAGCUUUCCAAAAUAUAAAUAAGGAGAAAGCGCAGUUUGAGAAAAGGAACUAUGACUUUGAGGCUCUGCAAACAAAGGUCCAAAAAUUAAGUAAAGAAAAUGAAAAUCUUUCUUUGCAAUUGCGUAUCUUGGAGCAGAAUCUUCACGCUAAAAUGACAGAUCAAAAUAAAUCCGUUGUCGAGUCAUCCAAAAUAAUUAAAGAGAAUGUAAAAUUAAAAAAAAUUCUGAAAGAAGCAGCAACAGCGGUUCAAGCUGCAUUGAAAUUAGAUCAGUGGUCGGAAGCAGAUCCGACACGAGAACCAAUGGAAAGACAGGGCGAGGCGGUGCAGCUGGCGGCGUGCGCGUGCAGGGGGCGCGCGUGGGCGGGCGACGCGGCGGCCGUGGCGGCGGAGGUGGGCGCGCGCUGCCGCUGCGGCUGCGUGCUGCACCUGGCGCCCGCCGCGCGCCUGCUGGCCGGCUCGGCCCGCGCCUGCCCCGCCCGCUCCUUCUGGCUGCUCCAGGCUGAAGAAGGCCUAGUGGUUAGGUUGAGGUUCGAGGCAGUGAGACUCCCUUGCGCGGGGCAAGCUCUGCGCGCUCGCGACGGAGACUCCUUGGGAUCGCCUCUGCUCGCUUCCUGGGACGGACCUGACAGCACUGCCUCGACUAGUGAUGUGGAGACGACGACCGACAGCAGCGGAGUGGUGGAAAUAGCCGGAGGUCGCCACAUCCUGGUCGAGCUGAAGUCAAUUUGGACACCAGUGAACGUUGCACGGGAGGGUUUCUCGCGCACGCGUAUCAAGUUGCCGAUCCGCAACGCGUCCGCGGCGUGGGCGUCGGAGGGCGGGGGCGCGUGGUGGCGCGGCGGAGGGGGGGCGCGGGCGGCGGCGGGCGCGCUGGCCGCGCUGGCCGCGCUCGCCGCGCUGACGCUGGCGCUGCACUCGGCGCACCGCACCAGGGCCUAUCAGCGCGCGGCCGACAAAGAUUCGCUCACCGACAGCGACGCGUGCUCGGCGAGCCUGGAGCUGGGCGUGGCGCCGGCCUUGUCCCGCAGCACGCUCCUGUCCGAGGCGCUCGGCGGCGCCGCCCUCCGCCGGCUGCUGAACGCGGGACACACUCGCCUCAGGGACUCCGCCCGAAGUAGCAGGGACGACGAGGAGCCGGGCACCGACGUGGAGGUGGAGGUGGAAAUGGAGGCGGAGGUGGCCCCCGAGAGGGCGUCGUCGCACAGCGCCCCCCUGGGGGGCGAAGUCGCCUCGCCCGCCCCCCUGCGCCGCUCGCGCACCGUCUCCGCCACCAACGUGGCCCCGCAGGCGUCAUUCCCGCCAAAGUCAUCUGCCAGCCAAGCGGAGACAGUCGAGCUGAACACUAGCAAUGCCAGUGUGAGCGAGAGGGAAGACAGCUCGAGGGAGAAAGACAGAGACAGCGCUUGGGAGAAGGACAGGAGCGCAAGUAGAGCCUCGUCUUCCACGUCCGCCGCGACUCUGACCAACGGCUGGUACUCGCCCGCGCUGAGCGGCGUGGCCGCGGCCAGGGUGCGCGACAACCCUAAGCGCUGCAAAGAGACCACCAACCGCAAGCUGCUCAGGUCCGACCUCAGCCUCACUUCGCACCCCGAGAUGGAGAUAGACUAUUACGACUACGAGGUGAACAACGCAGGUUCCGUACCAGGUUCGUAUUUAGGGAUGGAUCCGGCCUUCUUGGUAUGGAUACCGCCGAUCGAGGAUGGCGAUAUCAUAAAGGAAAUCGACGAAAACAGAGCCCUGCAGUAUGAGACGUUGGUGCCGAAAGAGCUGCGCCCCAGCCCGGGGAGCAACAGAGAGUCCCCCGAGGAGCGCCCCCCGGGGGGCGAAAUGAAGAGGCCCUCCGACAGAUCGGCCGAUUUAGAGUCCGCGAAGAAACUGCUCGAAGGGGGCGUCAUCCAUCCGCUGAACUUCAGCGUGAGCGAUCUGCACUCGCCGAAGCUCAAGAGGGGCCGGAGGAGGAACGAGCGGCAGGUGGCGAUUCCGAUGCGAGACCUGGGCAGCUCAUCGCCGGCGAGGGUCCACCGGAGGGCGGCGGCGGCAGGGGCGGCAGGGGAGGCAGGGGCGGCACGGGAGGCAGGGGAGGCAGGGGAGGCAGGGGAGGCAGGGGAGGCAGGGGAGGGCUCCACGCUGAAGCGCAUCCGCGACGCGCGCAGGGAGACCGGAGAUGGCACCCUGAAGAGGUCCGACGCCUCGGAGCUGCGCUUCGCCGACGACAAUUCCGACUCCUCCGGCGACAUCAAGUUCGCCGACGACUCCCCGGACAGCAACAGACUAGCGGACAGGUACGAAGUGGUGGCG